CAUGUGCACAUUGCUUGCGAAGGAAGCCGGUGUAUCAUGGCGACUUACGUGGAGAUUCUGAGGAGCGAGUUUCCCGAAAUUGACAGUGAAGUCUUCGAUUAUAUCACCGGUGUUCUGGACUGCGGAGGGGCUGAUUUUGUGGAUGGGGAGGAGGUCUUCGAAGCCAUCGGUGGGGUCCUACAGGAGGUGUCUGCCGACUCCAAAAACGAGGAUGACAUCCGGGACAUCUGCCAACAGAUGUUCAACACGCUGAAACUGAAUGACUGUAAUUCAGCCAAGCAGCAAGUGUUGCUGGAUGCCCCAGUUCAGCUCUCGGCUCUCAGUUCUGCGAAAGAUUGUGGGACGGCAUCAAAUGACAUUCAAGGCAUUUGGAUGAUCAAGAGAGGUCAGAAUUCAAAGGCGGUAGACGCAAAGAGACUGGAAAAAGCUGAAGCCAAACUGAAAGCAAAACACGAGAGGAGGACAGAGAAGGAUUCCCAGAAAGUGACUGUCCCGCUGGUCCUGGAGGAAGCUUCGGCCAGUCAAGCCUCCAACAAGAAGGACACUCGCAUCGAGACGUCUGGGAAGAACAAGACAUACGAUAUCCGCAUUGAGAACUUUGAUGUCUCCUAUGGAGAACGCUCUCUGCUGCAAGGGGCGGAGGUGACGCUGUCGUACGGCCGCCGCUUUGGUUUGGUGGGGAGGAAUGGCCUGGGCAAGACCACCCUGCUGAAGAUGAUGGCGAGCCGCAGCCUGCGCGUGCCCACGCACAUCAGCAUCUUGCACGUGGAGCAGGAGGUGGCAGGAGACGAGACGCCGGCCCUGCAGAGCGUGCUGGAGAGUGACAGUGUGAGGGAGGGGCUGCUGAGAGAGGAGAGGGAGCUCAACAGACGUAUCAGUAGCGGACAAGCGGACGGGAUGGAGAGUGCGAAGCUGACAGAGGUCUACGCCAAGCUCGAAGAGAUUGAAGCUGACAAAGCACCAGCAAGAGCAUCUGUGAUCCUGGCUGGGUUGGGUUUCUCUGCUAAGAUGCAGCAACAGACCACCAAGGAGUUCUCUGGAGGCUGGAGAAUGAGGCUGGCAUUAGCCAGAGCGCUAUUUGCAAAGCCUGAUCUUCUGUUACUUGAUGAGCCGACAAACAUGUUGGAUGUCAAGGCCAUUCUGUGGCUGGAGAACUACCUGCAGACGUGGCAAUCCACGAUCCUCGUGGUGUCCCACGACCGGAAUUUCUUGAACGCCGUGGCGACGGACAUCAUCCACCUGCACUCGCAGCGGCUGGACACGUACCGCGGGGACUAUGAGAACUUCGUGAAGACCAAGGAGGACCGGCAGAAAAGUCAGCUGCGCGAGUACGAGGCGCAGAAGCAGUACAGGGACCACAUCCAGGUGUUUAUAGACAGGUUCCGAUACAAUGCAAACCGGGCCGCCCAAGUGCAGAGCAAGCUGAAGCUGCUGGAGAAACUACCUGAAUUGAAACCUGUGGAAAAGGAAACAGAAGCUGUUUUACGAUUUCCUGAUAACUUUGAGAAGCUGUCCCCCCCAGUGCUGCAGCUUGAUGAGGUGGAGUUUUAUUACUCCCCAGAUCGGCACAUAUUCAAGAAUCUGUGUGUCUCUGCCGACCUGGAGUCCAGAAUCUGCAUCGUGGGUGAGAAUGGUGCUGGGAAAUCCACGAUGUUGAAACUGCUCAUGGGGGAGCUGAGUCCAGUCAGUGGAAUACGACAGGGACACAGGAAUCUGAAGAUUGGUUAUUUCAGCCAGCACCACGUUGAUCAGCUGGACCUGAACGUGAACUCUGUGGAGCUGCUGUUAAACAAGUUCCCAGGCCGGACCGAGGAGGAGUACAGGCACCAGCUGGGAGGGUACGGGAUCACAGGGGAGCUUGCUGUGCGCCCCGUUGCCAGCCUGUCCGGGGGGCAGAAGAGCAGGGUCGCCUUUGCACAGAUGACCAUGCCAUGCCCCAACUUCUACAUUCUCGAUGAGCCGACGAACCACCUGGACAUGGAGACAAUCGAGGCCCUGGCGAAAGCCCUGAAUAAGUUUAAGGGGGGGGUCGUGCUGGUUUCCCACGACGAACGGCUCAUCCGCAUGGUGUGCAAGGAAUUGUGGGUCUGCGAGAACGGGACGGUCCGGAGAAUCGAUGGCGGCUUCGACGAGUACCGAGAGAUUCUACAGGAGCAGUUCCGCAAGGAGGGAUAUUUAUAAUAAGCAAACCAAUUGAACACAGGAGGAAGCUGACUGCGUCCCAGCACUACUCCAGAACAUACUGAUGUUGUAAUAUUGUACCCUUGCUAGUCGCAUCCUCCAGGGAUGGGUGCCAGCACGUGUCUCUGCUCAGUGUAAGGUUCUGAAGACAGCAAUGCAGUUCAUUCUUACCUGCUUGGUUUAUUUGGUAAAGUAGAGGCCUGCCGACAAACUCCCAAGUAGUUUAUCUUUUUUGGAUCCCUGACAUUUAAUAAAAUACGUGCUAGUUUCCCUGAAACCUCAGUGUUGCAGAAGUGCCCAGAUACAGAGAUGCAAAUUUAGUAGCAUUUCCAUCUGUGCAGUCAUGUUACUCCUCCUCUCUUCCUGUACCGUAUGAUAAUAUCUUGACCCAGAUCACAGUAACCUUGUCUGGCAAAGUACCACUGCCAUCCGCUCUGGUGCUUUUACAUCUGUUCAGUCACAGUUCAAACCAGUUUUAUGCGAUAAAUAAAGUAAAAACACAAGUCCUCUCUCCUUCCAUGGUUGUUGGUAGUACCCGGCUUCAGCCGUCCUCUACAGUGAAGUCUGACUUGCAGACUGCUCUGCCCCUCCUCAUUCUGAAUCACUGUGCUUCCAUUAAAGCUGAGGGUCUGUGAAAGGGUGUCUUUGCAGGGGUGACGUCAGACCAGAAACAGAAUCCAAAACGCUUUUGCUGGAGAAUGAAAACUGAGACGUGGCGCUCAGUAUAUUUAUUUAACAAAAAUAAGCAAUUUAGCCAAAAACACACCCAAAACAAAGGGCACGUUGGCCAAACAAACAAACACAAGAUAAUGAACAACUAUUGCACUUAAACAAGCACGCUUAGCAAUUGUUCUGUUACUCCACAGACUUGUCACUCCUCUGACACGCUCCACCCUAAUGAGCCUGGAGUGUGCCUUUUUAUAGUCUGGCUGGAGCCUUAAUUACCUAAUUUGAUACAAUAAUUACCUUAAGGCUCCACAAGGGUAUUAGGAAAGGGUUUUUAACCCGAUCCCCACCGACUACACAAUAUAAAGACUGGCUUUUUGACGGUCUCAAACAGUAAGUAAGACGGCCGGUGCUCGACUGUCCACACAUAAACACAAUAUAAUAAUAAUAACAGCAACAAAAAAAUUAUCAAAGGGGUGGGUGACACUGCCACACAUGCCCCCCCUUGUGUGCAGCACACAUGGCCUUAAAGGCCACCUUCCCCCUUAGUCCCGGUUUAUAGUCCAGGCCCAGGAACGGGCAGCAGCGGGCCAAAGGUGGUGGCCACAGUGGGAGGUCUUUCUUCCACCCCAACAGGCUGACCAUACACAGGCCGGCUCCUCACGGCCAAGGCGAUCGUGGCUGCCGCCCGGCUGUCUAGGUGUGGUCCUGACCUACCCCACUUUUCAGUAGCUGGCUGCCCCCCCCUUUGCUGGGCUCCGGCCACAGUAUUUCCUGUGGAAAAGUAGGCCUGACAGCAACCCCAGGCAAUGAGGAGCCGGCAGCGACCCCAAGUGACGGCAACAGUGGCAGCGGACCCUUGGGAGGGGAGCCUCUGACCAUAGAAGCGGCAGCGGGAGCUCCACUUCUCCCUUGUACCCUGUAACUGGUAGCUCCCCAGGCGAUGUGGAGCUACAGGAACCCGUAGGCGAGCAUACCAAUGAAAAGAAACGACUAAAGACGUUUCUUUAAUUCCUUUGCUACAAAUCAAGCAGAUUUUAAAUGGACUUGCUAUCAGUGUACACUGUGCUUUUGUGUUGAAAAUAAUCUGUUAUACUGUUAAAACGAGUGAAAAUAACAGUCACGGGUAAAUGAGGGCGACUGCAAGAAUGAAAUGCAAUGAGGAUCAGCGAUGAGCAAUUAAUGUAAUUUGUCACGUCUGAAAAUUAAGCGAAACAGAAUCAGGCUCAGUCAAGAUAUGAAGGUACAAUGAAUUACAUUGUUUUGUAAUUAACAGAUUUCUCCUACUAUAAUAAGGAAACAGAAUCUGGUCACAAUAAGUUUAAAGGUACGCCAUGCCCUAAAAUAUACUAGUGCUAAAAUCCUCGUGGUUUAAGCAAAGUGGCCAACUGUCUUUCAGCGUGCCAUGCAACAACAGGUCGCAUUCUGGCUCCUGCCUGUGUGCGCGCAUCAGAGACCCACAGCGCUGCAAUUAGACCUUUUUAAUUGUUUUCAGCUCUUAAACAGUUGCAGAGUUCCAGUUACUUAUAAAAUGUUAUAGCUGACUUCAAAUCUGCUACUGUUUAAGCUCUUAAAACAAUUACAGAUGUCUAAUUAAGAAAAUUAGCAGUUUAAUCAAGGGCUUAGUUAAGUAAGUGAGAGCUCAGGGGGAAUGGAAGCCAGCAGAGAUGGGAUCUCUAGGAGCAGUGUUGGGAAGCACUGAGCUAGGGCGCUUGGGUACAGCCUCUAGUCCAGCAGUACUCUGCUCUGGCCCUCGAGAUUCAUUCCAGUCCUGGCUUUAAUUUCAAGCAGGUCCUAAAAUAGCUUAUUGCCUGUCAACAGCUUCAAUUAACUGCAUUAGAACCUGCACGGAAUAAAAACCAGGACUGCAAUAGAUCUCGAGGACCAGAGUUGAGUACUAUGGCUUUCGUCAUACCAAACCUGCUUCAUUGCACUCCAUUAACAUGCCAGGCUUUCGUGUCAACUGUUCUAAGUAUAAUGAUGCGAUCAAUAACUGUAUGCUGGUAUGUUUUCACUUAUUAAAUCACAAACAGUA